AAUAAAAAUAAUAUUUACGGUGUAUGGCGGUGCAAGCAUAUUGCAAAAAUUACUAUAAAAAGUAAACAUUACAUUCAGAAUAACAUUUGUGUAUAGAAAAAGAAAAUGCCUCCAUCUAACUUAGUUGAACUGCGACCAAAUCGCCGAUUACUGGAUCACGAAUUCGAAGGAUACAAGUUAAAUCUCAACGCACUGGCCCAACACAGUUUGGAACUAAUCUCACCAGUAGACAGGCUAUAUCCCGAUGAAGUUCAAUUCUCCUUCGUCCAUGCUAAGCUCUUUGCGCUUCAUAAUCACCUCAUAAUUGAUCACUGGGACCACGCGUUCAAUUACUACUACAUCGACAAUAAACAACAAGUUCGGAACAUUACGUUUGAGAAUAUUAACAGUACGUUCCAACAAGCCAUUGUCUACGAUGUUCCAGCGCACGUUGAAAGAAAAUCAGGCCAUUUUAACUUAUGCUUAUUAUUCCCUUCAUGUACGCUGGCUGUUAUAAGUGAUGGUACAGGCUAUUUACAUAUUGUGGAUACAGGAUUACGGAAUAAACCUGCGACGGAAAAGCAACCAUGGAACACAGCACAUUCCAGUUUGGCCCUUGGUGAUGGCAAGUAUUUUGUAGUUGUUGAUUCAAGAGUGCAAACAAAGGAUAAUAAAGAAGUGCUGCACUGUCUUCUGCAAUCUGUAGAGCAGAAUGAUAAACAUUUUAACUCUGUUUUAACAUGGAUUACUUUUGAAAACGAUGGCCAAGGGUGGGUGCAGGCUGCAACAAAACAGGUUCAAGGUAAAGGCAUUGUGCAUUACGCAGCAAUUGAAGGAAGCUGUUCAGCAUUGUACAUAGCUUCAGAUAAUUUAUUUAAAUUUACACAAGAUUCAGAAAAUGAUAUAAGUGAGCCCAAGAAGGAGCAACCUCGGCAGAUUGUUUACACAUGGCUCCAAACAGCAGAUGAUAUAACUAUAACUUUACAAUUGGAAAGUAAUUUUGAUAAGAAGCUCUUACAUGUGAAUGUAACUCCUAUGAAUGUAAAGAUAAGUUAUGCUGGUAAAGAUUUUGUAUGCGGCAAGUUGAAAAAUAAAGUAGACAGCGAGUUGACUACAUGGAAUGUUGGAGAGAGCGGCCAAGUUGAUGUUUUGAUGACGAAAUCUGAGAGUAUGAUGUGGGAUGAGCUGAUCGAGGGUGGGGACAAGACUGGUGAGCAGAUCUUGGACCCUAGUCUGGUGGAGGAAGUUCAUAGACGGUUAAUGCACUUGUGUGCGGAGACAGAAGUAAAAGCGGCUGAUCAGUCCGUACCUGGUCUUUCUACACAGGAGCUGGAGGAAUGUGAUGCUGCUUCUGAAGAGGACACUGUAUUGGUUCGAUUGGAUGCUACAAACCACACCAUAACCCACAGAGUUCCACUCAGCGUUCACCAAUAUUUGUUUAGUCUGAAACUGGAAACACAAGAAGUGCCAGCUCUCUGCCUCAGACAUGAUGUCGAUGCAUGCAUAUGGCAGCCAUACUCCCAACUUAUUAACUCAGAAACCUGGCCUAUUAAACAUCAAGGAACCCUCAUGGCAUUUGGUUACGUCCAAUCAUCAAAACAGAACAGAAAAUUCGUAACAUGCCCACCCAAUUUCGCCUACAGUGUAGUAUGUGAAGCUUCAAGACAUGUAUUUAUUUACAAAAGUACAAACAACUCAAACUGUCAAUUACGAAAACGAACCGGUGGGUCAAUGAAGAAUGUCAAAGUUGGCCAGCAAUAUGUAUUAAAUGUUGAGAAGAACGGUGAAGUGGUAGGUAUAAACGCGACAAACGAAUAUUUGUUUAUUCUAACAGAGAAGAAGUUACUUGUUAUUGAGAUGUUGUAAAUAAAAUGUUAUUUUAAUGUA